GAAUUCCAUUGUUACAUUCCUGUGGACUUUUUUAGGGAAGCAUUUAAUUUGUCAUUUAUGACUUUUAGAAAUGUUGAAGGGUAAUUACACCUUCGAUAUUGUUUGUUUGUCCAGAAAAGCUCUGUGACAUUUAUAUUCAUGCUCAGAUGCUAUUUAAAGGGUUCUCUAUUAUCCCUACAAAUAAAGGAGAAAAAAACCCCGAGUAAAGUCAAUGCUGACAUAACUAGCUUGUUUUAAACUCAUCAUUGGAAUGAGAAGAAAUGUUAUUGGGUGUAAAAAGCUUGGGCUUUGGAAUCAGAUGGAUCAGAGCUCAAAUUCUAGAUAGGUGGUUUAUUUAGGAUGAUCAUAUAAUUUGCUAUCCACAUAAGGGUACUUGCAAGAGUAAAACAGAUCAGUAAAAAUGAUUAGUAGGUAUACAUAUAUGUUGGAACUGUUAACUAGCUCUGUGUCAUUGAACAAGUUAUUAAAAUUUGUUUCAGCUUUUAAAAAAAUCUCUCAAAGGGCUACUAAUAGCCUCUGGGAGACAUUUUCAUAAGCAUUAGACACAGUGUAUGACUCAGUACUGGCACAACAAUGCUCAACGGAUGGCAACUAGUAACCACCACAGAAAAGCCUGCCUCAGUAUUAGCUGUAGCUGCUGUCUCUCCCCAAGAACAUCACUCUUCAGAUUAAGCCACUACUCUGCCUGGUUUUCAACAGUGUAUUUAUCUUCUCAAGGUGAUAAAGAAUAAAGAGUCAUGAUCAAGGUCACAUUAGAGAUCAGCCAACUAGGUCUAUCGCCCAUCACCAUUCUCAGCUUUUCCAGCCAGUAAAAUUAUUCCUCACCGAUCAAUCAGUUUUGUCCUCCUUAUCAGGUCUCUCCCUUUCUAAGAGUGGUUUGGCCAUGUUUACCUUAGUAUUGUAUAAUUUUAGAUCUAUCAAGCUGUGCAGGGAGAUGUGGGGAAGGGUAUUCUAGAGAUGCCACCUGCAACUGUGACUAUAAUUGUCAACACUACAUGGAGUGCUGUCCUGAUUUCAAGAAAGUCUGCACCACAGAGCUUUCCUGUAAAGGCCGCUGCUUCGAGUCCUUUGCCCGAGGCAGGGAAUGUGACUGCGACACCCAGUGUGAGAAGUAUGGCAAGUGCUGUCCAGAUUAUAGCAGUUUCUGUGCAGAAGUGCACAAUCCCACAUCACCACCUUCAAAGACUGCACCUCCUCCUCCAAGAGCAUCUCAAACCAUCAAAUCAACCACCAAACGUUCACCCAAAUCACCAAAAAAGAAGAAGAUUAAGAAAGUUGUAGAAUCAGAGGAAAUAACAGAAGAACAUUCUGUUUCUGAAAACCAAGAGUCUUCCUCCUCCUCUUCUUCCUCUUCAACUAUUCGGAAAAUCAAGUCUUCCAAAAAUUCAGCUGCUAAUAGAGAAUUACAGAAGAAACCCAAAGUAAAAGAUAAGAAGAAAAGAACUCCUAAAAAGGAACCUAACCCAGAACCACCAGUUGUAGAUGACACUGGAAGUGGACAGGACAGUGGUGACUCCAAGCCCACCCCAGCUCCUGAUGUUGCUACCACCCAACGCAAUAAAGUAACCACAUCUCCCAAGAGUACAACAGUAAAACCAAUAAAUCCUAAACCCAGUCUUCCACCUAAUUCUGAUACAACCAAGGAGACACCUUCAUCAGCCAAUGAAGAGAUAACAGUUGAAACUAAAGAGUCUACUGAAACAAAUAAACAGACUUCCACUAGUGCAAAAGAAAAGACAACUUCAGCCGAAGAGACACGGAGUGUCACGGAGAAAACAUCUGCUAGAGAUUCUGUACCCACAUCUGAAGUUCCUGCUAAACCUACAUCCAAAGCUGAAACUACAACCAAAGCUUCUGCUGUGACCACCCCCAAUAAGCCUACCUCCACAACACUCAAGGAAACAACUCCUACCAGGUCCAAGGGAGCUGGACCUACUACUAAGAAGCCGGUACCCACUACUACCAAGGAACCAGGUCCCACCGCCCCGAAGGAGCCUGCACCAACCAAGGAACCAGUUCCCACCACCCCGAAGGAGCCUGCACCAACCACCACCAAGGAACCAGGUCCCACCACUCCCAAGGAAUCUCCACCCACUACAUCCAAAGAGCCACCCCCCACUACGUCUAAGGAGGCAGUCCCCACUACCCCUGAGAAGCCUGCCCCAGCUACUUAUAUGACAUCAGCUCCAACCACCACCAUGAAGCCUCCCACUACACCAAACACAUCUGUUGAAGCAACUCCUGAGUUUUCUUUAGAACCCACACCAAAAGCUCUUAACGAAAGUCCCAAGGAGCCUGCUAUACUGACAACUGAGACUCCUGCAGUGACCAAACCUGAAAUGACCACAACAGCUAAAGACAAGACAACAGAAAAAGAAAUACAUCCUACAUCUGAAAUUACAACUGAUGCACUCAAGAUUACAACAAAAGAGACAGCAACUAUAGCAGAAAAGUCUGACUCCAAAAUAACAAGUACCACCACACAAGUAACAUCUACAACUCAAGAUACUACACCAUUCAAAAUUACUUUGAAAGCAACAACUUUUGCACCCAAAGUAACUACUACAACUGAAGAGACUAUGAACAAACCUGAAGAAACAACCACUGGACCAAAAGAUAUACCUACUAAUUCUAAAGCAACAACUCCAAAACCUCAGAAGCCAACCAAAGCACCCAAAAAGCCUUCUACCAAAAAGCCAACUAAAGCACCCAAAAAGCCUAUUUCUACCAAAAAGCCAAGCAUACCUAAAGUGCGAAAACCAAAGACUACACCAACUCCCUCAAAGAUGACAACAAUGUCUGAAAUGAACCCUACCUCUUUGGCAAAAUACAUAAUCCAAACCACCACUAGUCCUAACCAGACUCCACAUUCAGAAAUAGCUGAAGGAAAUCCAAAAAAUCCAAAUGAAGAUGUAGUUGGCACUGAAGGAGAAAAGCUUCACAUGAUUCCCAGGCCUCAUGUGUUAACUCCUAUCACUAGUCCAGGCAUUGAUCACUUAGUGAGACUACCCAAUCAAGGGAUUAACAUCAACUCCAUGCUUUCAGAUGAGACCAAUUUAUGCAAUGGUAAGCCAGUAGAUGGACUGACUACUUUGUACAAUGGUACAUUAGUUGCAUUUCGAGGUCAUUAUUUCUGGAUGCUAAAUCCAUUCAGACCACCAUCUCCAGCUCGAAGAAUUACCGAAGUCUGGGGUAUCCCUUCCCCCAUUGAUACUGUUUUUACUAGAUGCAAUUGUGAAGGAAAAACUUUCUUCUUUAAGGAUUCCCAGUACUGGCGUUUCACCAAUGAUAUAAAAGAUCCAGGGUAUCCUAAAUUAAUUGCAAAAGGAUUUGGAGGACUAUCGGGAAAAAUAGUGGCAGCUCUUUCAGUAGCUAAAUACAAGAACAGACCCGAAUCUGUGUAUUUUUUCAAGAGAGGUGGUAAUAUUCAGCAGUAUACUUAUAAACAGGAGCCUAUCAAAAAGUGCACUGGAAGAAGGCCUGCUAUAAAUUAUUCAGUGUAUGGAGAACCAGCACAGGUUCGGAGACGUCGCUUUGAACGGGCGGUAGGACCUUCUCAAACACACACCAUCAGAAUUCACUAUUCUCCUGUCAGAGUUGCUUAUCAAGACAAAGCAGGUUUCCUCCAUAAUGAAGUUAAAGUGAGUACAAUGUGGAGAGGAUUUCCAAAUGUGGUUACCUCAGCUAUAACACUGCCCAACAUUAGAAAACCUGAUGGCUAUGAUUACUAUGCCUUUUCUAAUGAUCAAUACUAUAACAUCGAUGUGCCUAGUAGAACAGCAAGAGCAAUUACGACUCGUUCUGGGCAGACACUCUCCAAAGUCUGGUACAACUGUCCUUAGACUGAUGAACAAAGAAGAGUCAACUAAUUAAAACAAAGAAAAGAUGAUAAAUUUUGACACUGAAAUACAAUUUAUUAAUAAAGAAUGUUGAAAUGAA